GCUGCAGUGGUGUGUAGAGAGCUGGGCUGUGGAGAAGCUGUAGAUGCACUGGGCAAAUCUCAUUUUGGAUCAGGAUCAGGACCAAUCUGGAUGGAUGAUGUGGACUGUAGUGGAUCAGAGUCUAGACUGAAGAACUGUAGAUCACCAGUAUGGGGUAAACAUGACUGCAAUGAAACCCACAAUUCUGGAGUCAUCUGUUCAGGAGCCAGGCUGGUUUUAGGUUGUCGCUGCUCUGGGAGAGUGGAGGUUCUUCAUGGAGAGAGCUGGGCCACAGUGUGUGAUGCUGACUUUAACCAGCAGGAUGCAGAGGUUGUGUGUCGAGAGCUGGGCUGUGGUUCUCCUGUGAAGGUUCUGGGAGCAGCUGCGUUUGGUAGAGGGGAGGGUCAGGUGUGGUCAGAGGUGCUUCAGUGUAGAGGAAACAAAUCUCAGACUCACUUCUGUCCAAAAUCAUCUUCACUCAAACACAACUGCUCCCAUGAUAAUGAUGUGGGACUGGUGUGUGCAGGAGUCCUGCUGGUUAAUGGCUCUCGCUGCUCUGGAAGAGUGGAGGUUCUUCAUGGUGAGAGCUGGGUCACAGUGUGUGAUGCUGACUUUAACCAGCAGGAUGCAGAGGUUGUGUGUCGAGAGCUGGGCUGUGGUUCUCUUGUGGAGGUUCUGGGAGCAGCUGCUUUUGGUAGAGGGGAGGGUCAGGUGUGGUCAGAGGAGCUUCAGUGUAGAGGAGAUGAAUCUGAGAUUACUCUCUGUCCAAUAACCUCUUCACACAAAUACAACUGCUCUCAUGGUCAUACUCAGGCUCGGCUGAUGAACGGCUCAGACUCUUGUUCUGGUCGAGUGGAGCUCCAGUACCUCAGUGAGUGGGGUACAGUGUGUGAUGUAAGCUGGGAUAUGAGAGCUUCCAGUGUCCUCUGUGCUCAGCUGAAGUGUGGGAGUGCUGUGGCUGUGUUGGGGUCAGACUGGUUUGGGGAGGGGAGUGGCCGGAUCUGGGCGGAUGUGUUUGAUUGUCAGGGGAACGAAACACACCUGUUAAAGUGUCCCAUUUCAUCAUGGAGUCGAACUGCAUGCUCUCAUAAACAGGAUGUUGGACUCAUCUGCAGUGGUUCUUCUCUGGCGUCUCAUGAGGGAGGAGUGCGGUUGUCUGGAGGGAUGGAGUGUGAGGGGGAAGUGGAGGUGUUCUUCAGGCAGGACUGGAGGAGAGUUCUGCUGGACUCCUGGAGAGAGUCUGAGGCCUCUGUGGUCUGCAGACAGCUGGGCUAUGGUUCUGUACUCAACAUCUCCAGCUCCUCUUCAUCCAGUCCUGAACACAGCUACAUGUGUGUGACGGGUUUCAACUGCUCUGGGAGUGAAGCUCAUCUGAGGAACUGCAGCAGCUCACAAGCAGUUAACUGCAGCUCCACAGUACAGCUCUACAUCACCUGCUCUGGUACAUCUAACACAGUCCACAGCUCCAUCAGGCUGGUUGGUUCUGGGGGAGACUGUGCUGGAAGGCUGGAGGUUUUCCACAGUGGAUCAUGGGGGACAGUGAGUGAUGAAUUGUGGGAUAUUGAGGAUGCGCAGGUGGUCUGCAGACAGCUGCAGUGUGGAGUGGCCCUCAGUGCUCCAGUACCGGUACCAGCCCGGUUUGGAUCUGGAACUGGACCCAUUUGGCUUAAUGAGGUGGAGUGUGAGGGGAACGAGGCGUCUCUGUGGAACUGCAGAUAUCAGCUGUGUGGAGAGGAUGAAUGUGGACACAAGGAUGAUGUAGGAGUCGUGUGCUCAGAGUAUAAAGAGAUCAGACUGACUGAGGGCUGUGAGGGGAAUCUGGAGGUGUACUAUAAUGGAACCUGGGGGAAUGUGUGUGUAAAUGGGAUGACCGAUGAAACGGCAAAAUUGAUCUGUCGAGAGCUGAACUGUGGAAGAACUGGCAGUGAGUCUUGGUCUAAAGCAAGAGUGGAAUCAGCUCCUAACUGGCUGGAUAAUGUAAAAUGUAGGAAACAUGACUCCACUCUGUGGCACUGUCCAUCUUCUUCCUGGGGGGAGAACAGGUGUGAUAAUCGCAAUGAGGUUGCUUGCAUUACCUGCUCAGAGAAUGGAAAUACACUAGAUUUGACAAAUUGGCUGUGUGAUUCAUCUCCUCAUGAGAGACCGUGCUCAAAGCACAUUCCUCUGAGGCUGAGGGGAGGAGUAGGAAGCUGUUCUGGAUGGCUGCAGGUGUAUCAUAAUAAAACAUGGGGGUCUGUAUGUGGUGAUCUGUGGGACAUCAGGGAUGCUCAGGUGAUCUGCAGGCAGCUGGGUUGUGGGCCGGCGCUGAGUGCUAAUAGAAGAGCUGCUGAUGGUUCUGGUGGAGGAACUAUCUGGAUGAACAGAGUGAAGUGUAGAGGGAAUGAGAUUCACCUGUGGGACUGUCCUCAUUCCCUGAAGAACCACACUGACUGCUCCCACAGUGCUGGAGUCACUUGUGGAGGCUUCCUGUAUCAUACUUUGCCUUUAAAUAAUAAAAGAGGACAGAUGGGACAUUUUGUCUUGCAAGAUUCUCAACCACAGACAAGAAGAAUCAUACUUCCACAAACUCCUCCACCAGCUGUUCCCUCCAUCUAUCCAGUGUCUCUCCUGGUUCUGGGAUCUGUGCUCUUCCUGGCCUUAGUGCUUCUGGUUGUGCUGUUUUAUCAGAACAGAGUGCUCAGGAGAGUGAUCUCUAAGAGGAGGAAGACUUCAGCUGAGCCUGUCUAUGAGGAGAUUGACACCAGGCUCAUCCCUAAAAGAAUUACUGUCUCAACUGAAAGUAAUGGCGUGUGCGGAGGAUCGUGCUCUCCUGACACUCAGCGAGGAGCUCGUCCGUCUGGAUCAGCAGAUCCACCGCCUGCUCGAGAGGCAGUCGGAGCUCCACAGGCAGAGGACGAGGCUGGAGGAAUCCCGCGACGCCGCCUUCGCGGCCGUCUCCAACCCGGUGAUGCCGGCGCGGCGGACCCCGGCGGUCGUUUGCUUCACCCCCGCUCCGGGAGGGGCCUGGGAGCGGCAGCGCGGCCGAGGAAAGCGGGUUUCCCCCCUACCUUCUCAGCCGGAUUUUGCCUCCGCAAACCGGUUUGAGGUCCUCAGCUCGUCGCCGUCGCCUCCUUCACCUCCCCCAGCCCCGAGGAAAACAGAUAAGGGCAGUACCCUCAUUGUCGGAGAUUCCAUUGUUAGCCAUUUAAAGGUGUCUAACGCUAAGAGUAAUGCUGCAGU